AGUUGGAAAAAAAUGGUUUAUUUGAAGUAAAUGAACCAAUUUUGAACAACAUUUAUACAAAUAAAACCAUAAAUAAUAAUAAUAAUACAAAUAAAAUGACUGUUUUUAAGCAGAUUCAUCAGUUAUAAAAACCUAAUAUUUUCUACCUUGUAUAUGUAUUUUGCUCAAUAAUAAAUGUCUCAGUGAGCAAUCAGGAUCAAGUCCAAACAGUCCUUCAGUCAUGUCCAGGUCCGUGAUGACGUUGAGACUUGGAGCAUCUCUCCCCGAGUCUCUUUCGUUGCUGCACCGACGCCUCCUGGUGGCCGAGCGUCAGGGGGUGGAUCUAGCGACGAAGCUGGGUGUCUCAGGAGGUGAGUUGGACACAGAGUUGAUGGACAGCUCGAAGCCUGAAGCUUUGGAGACGAGGGUGUGUCGCCUCGAGAGUCUCUUACACACGCUGAGGCUGAGCGUCUUCCGCGUCGAGACGGAAAGAGAUCUCAACUCCUCACACACAGAACGUCUCCAGGAGCAGCUCGCGGCUCUCCAGGAGCAGUGUGAGGAAGAGCAGCGCUGCUCGCAGAGGGCGGUGAUGCGUCUGAGGGAUCAGAUGCAGCAGGAACGAGAGGAGGCCCAGAGGGAGGCGUACACACUGCGGGAACAGCUGCACGUCUCACGCUCUUCUCGAACGGACGUCUUUGCCGCGGCAGACGAGCUGAAGAAGAUCAAAGUUCAGCUAAACCGAAAACUCCAUCAGUUAAAGGAGGCGGCGGCGCGGGAGACAGCAGCCCGUCUGGAGGCCGAGCGAUCCCAUGAUGCACUGCUGCGGAGAGUAAAAGAGCUGGAAGUGGAGGUGGAGAGCGAGAAAGAACAGGUGAAACUCCUUCAGGACAACGUCCACGCCCUCAAAGUUGAUGGACAGGAGGUGAGGGCGGAGCUCGAAGUGAAGGCAGAGCUUGUACAGAGCUUGCAGGAAGAGCAUCAGCAGCUGAUGGAGCGGCUAGAAGAGAAGGCCAUUCUCGCAUCAGAUCUAGGCGCCGAGUUAAAGAGUAUGAGAAUAACUCUGCAGGAGCAGAAGCAGGAGAACACUACACUCCUCAGGGCCAGAGAAAAACUGAGAGCAGCUAAAGAUAAAGUUCAGGCACUGAACGAUCAGUUAGAGGCUCAGUGCUCCGAUCUGAGUUCAGCUCUUCACUCUCUCACUGAGGAGAAAACACAACUGCAGGCUGUUCUGAAGAAAGAGCAGGAGCGUACGGCCGAGCGCCUGAAGGACAUGGACCUGCAGUUAGACGCAGCCAAGAGGAACAUGCAGUGUGAAGUGCAGGAAGCUCUCGCAGCCAGACACCUGCUAAACAAGGAACUAGAAACUCUGAGGUUGGACCAUACCAAACUGCAGCAGAGCUCCGCCGCCGCCUUGGACGCCGCUGUCCAUCAUCAGGAGCUGCUGGAGCGAACCAUCAAGAGAUUGCGGGGGAGCUGAGUAACGUAUUUGAGGAGCGAGAGACCAUGCAGAAACAGAGGGAGGAGGUGUGUGCAGAGCUGGAGAUUGUAAGGACAAACUACAAAUGUCUGCAGAAGCAACUUAAACAGGUACAGAAGGAGUUACAGCUGAAGAAAGCUCUUCGUGAUGUGUCGUGUAGGUCAUGUGACCUCACACAAACCAAUUGGAAACUUCAGGAAAAGUGUGUGAGCAGGAGAACCUCCCGUCCAAUCAGAACUCUCGGAUUCAAUCACAGCGGGUCGAGCUGAAGCAGAGACACAGAACAGAACUGAACAUCUCAGCUAGGUCUGAGCCCCUGGAGCAACUGCGUAAUGAUGUCGCGUCUCUGCAGGCCGUACUCCUCGAUCUCUCCUCCAGCCAGCAGGAGGAGCUACAGGCAGAAAGAUUCCUCACACACACACUGCAGGAGAAAUGCCAGAUGUUGCAAGAUUGUGUAUCGAAGCUGAAAGAAGAAAGAAACGAAGCUGAACAGAAGAUGAACCAGGUCAGCCUCGAGUCCCAGAAGAUCUCUGACAACCUGCAGAAGGCACACGGCUGGUUUCGCUCCAAAUUCGCCAGUUUGAAAAUUGGAUCGGGACACAGCCGGGCCUCGUUUCCGGGGCGAUCGGGGGACUUCCGGAACGACGGGAAUGAAACUGCAUAUGGUCCCAGUAAGGUGGGGUGUGUGGCUGAGCCGGAGCUGGAACGCUGGGAUUAUACACUGCAGCGCUGGGAGGCAAAGAAAGAGCUGGACCGCAUGGCAAUGACUACAAAGCUUCAGCACACACACACUCAGUGACAUAACACACACACUUAGUGACAUAACACACACACACACACUUCAGCACAGGAACACAAGAACCUCCUUUAUCUCCUCAGGGUCUCAUAUUUAUUGUUGAAACUAGCGAGUCGAGUGACACUGCAUCAGGCCUGGAAAUUCCCAGUUGCUAGCCAGCUUGUUGAAAUACUGCCAUUUUGAAGCACAUUAGCGAAAACACACUGCAACAUCUACACAUCCGGCGGCUAAACCAGUAGCCUCGGUUAUUAGCCGUACUCGCACCGUGUGUGUACGAGUUUAUCGCUUUACAUUCGUGAUUUUGCGUCUGGUCAGUCGGUGCUAAGCAGCUGCCGGUCAUCCAUCUGACCGCUAGGUAACAGUUACUAGCGUAUCUAUUUUCAUCUUGUCUUUAAAUAGUUUGUGCGUCUGAACUAUAAAUAAACUGUUUGCAGGACGAAGCGUCACUUCUCAUGAAUUUUCAUUUUCAGGAAUACAGGAGUCUCAGAGUUUUAUUGGUACCACUGUUGUAGGAAAUGAAUCCAGGACUGGGUGGUGGUGGAUGACUGGGAGUGAUGGUCUGAGUGGUGAAGGACAGAGUGAUGGACAGAAUGGUGGUAGACAGGUUGUGAUAGGCUGGUGGUGGAGAGGCGGACACGUCUGUCGUUUAACGCAAUUCGCAAAUGUCACAAAGCAUCAACGCUGGAGACCCGUACAAACAAAUAAACACAUAAAUAAACA